UUUUUUGUGUUAAUGAGAGAUUGUUUAAUCUUUUUUUUCAGAAAUUGACAAUAGUGUUCUGUCCUAGAAGCCUAAAUUUUAUUAUUUAUCUGUGAAAAUGGCCAAUGUGACAUCUGACAUGUUAGGGCAACAGCUUGCAAUGGCUUCUCAGAUCAUUGAGAGCCAGGUGGAUGCUGAGAUUGAACGUCUUGACAAUCUUGAUGGGGAUGAGCUGGAGAAGAUAAGGAGGGAGCGCAUGGCAGCAAUGAGAAAAAGGGCUCUUAAAAAGAAUGAAUGGAUCAGCAAUGGUCAUGGUGAGUACCAAGAGCUCAGUGAGGAGAAGGAAUUUUUUGAGACCACCAAAAAGUCCGAGAAUGUCAUUUGCCACUUCUACCGAGAAGGCUUUGAGCGGUGCAAGAUUGUGGACAAGCAUUUUGCUCUGCUCUGCAAGAAGCACAUCGAAGCAAAGUUUUGUAAAAUCAAUGCUGAAAAGUCACCUUUUCUUACAAAUCGCCUUAACAUCCGUGUGCUACCCACGCUGGUGGUGGUGAAGGACGGUAAGACCAAGGACUACAUCAUUGGCUUCUCAGAACUAGGAAACGUGGAUGACUUUAGCACCGAAAUGCUUGAGUGGAGACUUGCCCGCAGUGACGUUAUUGAAUACUCUGGUGACCUGAUGCAUCCUCCUGAGGCAGGCAAGCCCAGAAGAUCAACCUUAAAACUCAUUGACAACAAGAAUGCUAAGACCAUCCGAGGGGGGAAACAGGGCGACGAUUCCGAUGAUUCUGAUUAUUGAGAUUUCUGUGCCUUAAUCAGUAAUGUCUCUUGCUAAUUUUCUUUUAUAAUUUACAUUACUUGAAACUAAUUUUUAUUAAUACCAAACAAAACGAGCACUUCUCAGUAGUUUUAAGAUUCAGACUAAUAACUUUAUUGUGUCCAUAUUGUGUUAAUAUCAAAUUUCGAACCUUGUUUGACCUGUGAUGUUGCUUAAAGUAUUUACAUACUGCACCGAGGCAAUUGUAGUAAGGUGCAUUUUAAGCAAACUGUUGUCUAAUAUUUGAUGCCUAAUAUUUUAAGCUAUUAUUUGAUAUAUUAGUUUUCUAUUGAAUGUUCAGGAUUCCAAUAAGCUUAUUUGCUGCCCUUUGUCGCCUUAUCUCUCGUCUGUGCAAAGUUAGUAUUUUAUUUGUACUUAUUUUGGCGAGAGAAACCGAAUGUAAUGUGUAAAUUGAAGUGGUAAUUUUUGGUUUUGAAUAAAUCGACAGAACAAAUAGUUUAAAGUGUCAAGAUUAAAUUCAAGUAAAAUUUCUUUCAGUUGGUGGCUUACGAACGAGGCGAGUGAUUCUUUUGCUCCUCACCCACACAACUGAAAUUUUGAUGAUUUGAUCAAUACGUACGUACACGCAUGUGGACACUUUCAUCCAAACUUUUGAAUGGUAACUCCUUGGGACCAUGCUUGCACUAAUAUCCCUCAAGCCUUAUCCUGCAUAGGGAUUAAAUGUUACUCUCGGUACUUGCUUUUUAUCAAUUAUAAAAAAUCAAAUCCUUUGCGCACUGUUAUCGAAAGUGAUCAAUUACAGGAUAGUGAUUGAGUGUCUAUCCUCUUUUCUUCAUCUACAUUCCAUUUGAGUUAUGUUUGAUUCUUGUUCUUCGAUAUCGGAAAAGUUUACAUGUUCUGUCUCAUUUUCAGACAUUUUAUGAAAUAAUCCUAAUAAAAUGUAAAAUAAUGUGUCCACUUCAACACUAUUCGAGUGACACGUCUUCAAUUUGCUCCCUGUCAAAUUAUGAUGUGAUAGUAAACUAACUCCACUGAA